CAGCAGCUCUGCAGCAGCUUUGGUGCAUUUAUGUCCUUUCCAGUGAUGGUAAACGUCGCACCAAAAUAUGUUUUGCUUUACAAUAGAGUAUUUAAAGAACUGAAACGUGUAAAGAACCACCCAUCAGGCUCUGGAUGAAGAGUAGGCCAGAGCUAUUUGCUGAGGAGGACAAGGCGACUGAAGAACACAGACCGCUGUCAGCAGCAGUACAGAGAAGGGUCAGGCAGAGAUAAAGCACUACAGAGGUUCUCCUCCUACGCUGACCUCAGUGAGUCCCGUAACCUGGUGAUGGGAUAUGACGGACAUUCUGCCAAUAGUUUCUGACUUGGCAGAGCAAACGUGUUCUACUGAUGGGGACAAUAUCAGCCAGGAGCGGGCUUGGCAGUUGCAGACAUGUUGAUUGAUUUUUAAGAAUUUCUGAAUGAUGUAAAGGUCUUACGGUGGAUUUAUACUCAUACAGAGUGGAUAUGACGCAUCAGUAUAAAUCCUACUUUAAGUAUGCAGCAGUAAGCCUUAUGUACUGACUUGCAACCGUUCAUUUUUCACUGUAUUGGUCACAUUUUGCUCCUUUGUGCUUUUAUAUACUGUUGGAGCUGCAGUGGUUCAGGAUACAAGGCAGUUGUGGUAAUCUGAAGACGGACAGUUUGAUUUUUGCGCAGUAAAAAUGUAAUUUAAUGAUGCUUCAUAAAAUUGGUAUCAAAAACGUAUAGUUCAGGAACCAGUGUCAAAGUCAAGGUAUCGAAAUUUUAGAAUGAUACCCAUGCCUAGUGGGGAGAGAGGGCGGACCCACCGAUCUGAGUGGGUUAGUGACAGUGAGGAGUGUCAGCAUUUUACCCAAAGUUGAAUAUUUUCCAACUUUCAGCGACCAUGACGUAGGACAACCACUGCCCCACCCAGCUUAGUCUUGGCAAGGUGCUGGAAACAUCAGUAAGUCCAAAUUGUAUGUUCUGAGAGGAUAUAAUAGACUGAAAGCUCCAGAAUUAAAGCUACACUUACCUUUCUGGAAAUUGUACGCUUUUCUUUGCUUAUGUUUAAAUGCUACUAGUCCAUACCCAUUAGUAGCUUUGUCACCUUCUACCUAUGCCAAUCCUCAAUGCCUCUGUGCAGUUUCACAUAGAUUGACCACGUCAGUGAGUAAAAAAACGUGGGACAGACAGAAUGACACACUGACAGUUUCCGUGAUUAUGUACAGCAUACCAUACCAUGACUUAGUCAUACCAAAAAUUAGGAGAAAAAACACCAACAUUGGGCCACAGGGGGAGCCACAGCGAUCGGUCACAUUUUAGCAAUUUUUAAGCAUUUUUCUGUUGUUAUAGCGCCACCCAGUUGCCAAUUACAGUUAAAUUUCUCCAGUCACCUUGAGGCGUCCUGUUCUACAUAUCUACCAAGUUUAGUAAAAAUCGAUAUGGCGGUUAGGCCUAGAUAGGAAAUUAGCUCUCUAGCGCCCCCAUUUUGUUUGAUGGGGUCCAUAAUGGAGGGGUCCCCUCAGAUUAUGUGUGGUCAUAUGUCUACAAAGUUGCGUGGUGAUCGGUGAAACCCUUGAGAUGUUAUACACCUUUAUGUGAUGAGCCACGCCCUCCGCAAUAUUCAUUGCCUUAUAGAAGCUCACUUUUAGUAAGUUUUCCAACUUUUGCCAAGAGGGAACUUUAGAUAUUGGUCCCUAGAUUAUGUUCACCCAGUUUCAUGCAGAUCGGUCAAACUUCCUAGGAAGAGAUCGAUUUCAAGUGUUUUUCAAAAAAUUCAAAAUGGCGGAAAAUCUAUAUAACCGGAAGUUAUGGGUUCUUGAGGCAAAUUUGUUCCUCAUGAGGAGAGGCAUCUCUGUGCAAAGUUUCAUGUCUCUACGACAUAGGGGGGAUGAGAUAUGCCCAUUCAAAGUUUGCAAUUUCAAUCAGUUGCUAUAGCGCCUCCCUUUGGCCAACUGAUGCAAUAUUGCUUCAUUUGCAUCCUCCCAUGACCCUCUACCACUGUGCCAAAUUUCACAUGGAUUGACCAAGUCAGUGAGGAGAAAAACGUGGAACAGACACACAGACACACACAGACAGAGUUUUUGUCAUUAUAUAGUAAGAUUAAUAAACUGAUGGCACACUAAAAUGUAAGGGGAUUCCACCAGAAAUGAAAACUCAUAAUUAUACCAUUCUCAUUUGGUUCUAAGAAAACUCUGACCAAUCACUGCAUUCGGACCAAGCCUCAGUAUCAUCUUCCUUGUUUGUUGCCAGUCACCAGUACUAUCUAACGUUAGCAUUUACGUUAUAUUAUAAAACUCAUCAGUCAUCACUGACCCCGGAUAAGUUUCAAAACACCGGGGCUGCAUUUGACUGUGCAGGACAGGCGAUGUUAUGUUUAGUUUGCUUCUAAUAUAACAUAUAACGUUAUAUAUGACAACACAGCAUCCAGUUGCUAAUAGCUAACAUUAGCGUACUGUAGCGUAGCCUCUGAAACAUUAACUUCCUUAUGCAUUUCCACUUACUACUAUCUAACGUUAGCACUGUAACCUUAUUCUAAAACUCAUCAGUCAUCACUGACUCCUGUUGAGUUUUAAAACUCUGGGGUUACAUUUGACUUGGUUGUAACGUUACACUCACUCUCUUCUUCCGUGUAACUAAAAGUACAUUGCCAACGCCUACGUCUAUCAUAGACGUAAUGAGGACGUAAUGGAGGAGGGGGGAGUAGGCCUUUGGAGGGAGGUGGAGUUGUGGGUGUUCAAACUGUUUCUAAGUGCUGUGUGAAAUGCAAGAAACGUCAGAGUUGCUUUAAUUGAAAGCCUGCAUAGGUGUAAGUGUGUGGAAAUCUUUUCUACCAGUUUGAACUCUUAGUGGCCCCCACUCAGUACAGACUAGACACUCAGCACCUCAUCACACUGCUAGCAAUAGUAGCAGAAUGUAAAUAAACUGCGCUUCUCUUAAGAAGAACACAGCAGUUUUGGUGGUUGCUUGUGGUUGUGGUUGUGGUUAUUCCAACAGCCCUAAUGAGGGACUUUCCAGGUGAAUGGCAGCCAUCAGACAAAAAAAUAGUAUGUACAAGACAGUUACUUUUACAGUCAAACAAUUAGGGACAUUUUAUCUUCUGACAAGAUCAUGGCGUAAAACGGUAGCAAUACAUUGUUGACUUCAUGAAGCAAUCUAUCAAGAAUGGACUCUUGAACAUAUCCUAAUGGCUAAUAGGGCUGCAACUAACGAUUAUUUUCAAUGCUGAUUAAUCUGUGGAUUUUUUUUAUCGUUUCGGGUUUUUAACGGUGAAAAAUAUAUCAGUGUUUCCCCAAGUCCAAAAUGACGUCAUCAAAUGACAUGUUUUCUCCGCAACUCAAAAGCCCUUUUUAAAUAGAAAACUUGGGCACCUCGGAUCAACUCGCCAAUCCGGCUAUGUGUGUGUAUAAAUGCUCACAGCUUGCCGAAAAUCUGGCAGUGUAAAAGGGGCUAAAGAUAUUCAGUUUACUGUCACAGAGGAGUAAAACAAAAAGAAGAAAAACAAAAACAAAAAACACAGAAUAUAUUCAAAUUUAAGAGGCUGGAAUCAGAUAAUUUUAACUUUUUCUCAAAAAUUCUAAAAUUUCUCAAAACGAUUAUCAAUAUGAUAGAAUAGAAAUUAAUUUUACAGUUGACAACUAAUCGAUAAUCGAUUCGUCUUUGCAGCUCUUUUUGCCAACACAGCGCCUUGCUUGAUAUCGCUGCACUCGAGUUGAGCCAUUUUCAACUUAUUUUGCCAAAUAACCCAGGGCCAUACCGUUUCUAUUUAUUGACCAUGUUAAGAAUAUAGCUCCCAGGAAAUAUAAAUAUGUCUGCUGAGGAAGCUACUUUCUAAUUUUCCUGUGAAUACACACAAAAAAAACAACCCUCCCCUCUUCCCCCACCCUCCUCAUGAAAAAAAUAUUGCUCCGAGUCACAGUGUGGCAGAAUUAAAAUGACAAUGUCUAAAUAUGAAAAUUCAGGCAUUGCAGACCACCACGGCUAAAUGAGCAUAGCGGAAACAUUGGUGUAAUUAUCUGUGUUCUAAUUAUCCUCCAAUACAAGAGACUGGCAGGAGACACAUUAAAGACAGUGACUGAACAGGCUUCUGAGUUGCUCUGUCCAUCACUGCACGAGUAAACUCAAUCCUGAUGUCUAAGCAAACCUUUCAAAAUUUGUUGAAGUGCUGACAUGAAGGCUUGCUUCUCCCCCUUCUCCUCUUAUUUCAUAGCAAAUUGCGAUAAUGCUUUAUUCCUCUUUCUGGAGAGUGGGUGUGAAUACAAAUAGGUCAGCAGCCCAACCCCCCCUCCACCACCACCCUCCCCUUUAACAGGGCAGGCAGCAACAGCAGCAGAGACGGCGUGAUGUGGUGGGAGAACGUGCUGCCACCAAGCCUGGAGCUGCCUAUCAGAACGAAAAACACACAAAUCACAGCGCUACCUCCCGUUCAUCUUCCUCCUCCCCCGCUGCUCUCAACCCUCCAGCCCUCUCGCAGACAACACAACGACAGCCCACAGGAGCUGCUGAAUGAGGAGGGUGAGAAAAGGAAAGUGGAAAAAAAAGGAAAGCGAGGCACAUGGUAGGGGGGAGGGAGGUUAACAUGAGAGCAUGUGAAUUAAAGAGGAAGAGCGAGAGGAAACAAGGAUCCACGAGGAAGUAGAGGCUGAACAAACGGAGAGAUGCAAAGCUUGUGCAUCAUCCAGAGAUGAUCUCGAUCUAUCCGCUGCUGCUUUGAUAUACAGAAUACGACAGGCGAGGACAGCGAAAGGACCCACGGCUGCAGCUAACUGUCAACCACUGACUCUAUACUCCCUUUGGCAAAAGGCAGCAGCAGCAGCAGCAGCUCCGUUAGCAUCAAGCCUCUGGGGACAAUGCGCCAAGGCAGAUGGAGAGACUGCAACACUGGAGCUCUGACACAUGUUCUGCCCAUGCAUGCAAACACAGAUACACUUGUGCAUGCAAGUGGUAGUUAGCUUCGAGUGGCAGGAAAAGGACCAAAUUUCUCCGUCCUUCUGCGUAACAGCCACAUGUGGGCUGGGUUAAAAGAAGAGGAUGAUUUGUCACACGUUGAGAAGGAAAUAAAUAAGGACCUGAGUCGUCAAGCUGGAGCUGUAUGUGAUUUGGCUACAGGGACGAAAGGAGCAGUGACCAAGAGGGCAAUUUGUGAGUGAGGAUUGUAAUUCAUCAUAGUCAGCAAUGAUGGAUGCCAGAGAGAGACGAGUACUUGGAUUAAAAUGGGCAAUCAUGAGCCGUACAGCAUUAGAGUGGACUCACAUCUUACAGCUGGCUUGCUGGACAACAACACUGUCUGUGAUGAGAGAUCAACAUUGGGUCCAAGUCCCUUAAGGAACCCAUCACACACACACACUUCACAUUGCCUCAAGGGAUCAAGGACUGGUCAGAAGCUGCUGACAGUAAGCCUUGGGAGCGUGACACCUGUCUGAGUGAAUUCCUCCUUCUGAAACCAUGCAGUGGAGACGACGCCACUGCUGUACACACACAGCUAAAUUUCUCUCUCUCCUCACACUGUUGGGUCUGUUGGUCUUUCUGGUCCAACAGGUGUGGCUGCCUAAGCUCACAGGUAUGCCACGGUGGAGAGGCCAUCCUGUGGUGUACGGAGGGGGUGAACUGCAUACCACCAAAGCCAAAUGGAACAUGAGUGCCCCACAUUCAGCGUGGAGGUUUGUCAUUGUCCCUCAGUCGACUUUCAAGGCUGAUACUAACAACAGCUCCCCUGAGAAGGUGGGUGUCUCCUCAUUUCAAGGAGACCCAACUUUUGAAAGCACACCAGCAGCCAACACUAGCCAAAGUGUAGAGGGAGACCUUCGUGACAAUGUAACCCAUGGGCCUUUCACUUAUAUCAUCAACGAGCCAGACAAAUGUGUAGACAGCGGACCUGCGCCUUUUCUGGUGUUGCUUAUAGCCACUGAGGCUCGGCAGGUGGAGGCAAGAAAUGCCAUACGACAGACGUGGGGGAACGAGAGCGUGGCUCCAGCUCUGGGAUUCAUCCGGCUGUUUCUGCUGGGGAAGAAUGAGGGAGAGCUGGGACUUCUACAGCAACGGAUGCUAGAAGCAGAGAGCCGGAGGCACCACGAUAUCAUUCAGCAGGACUUUCUGGAUUCCUACAAAAACCUGACCAUUAAGACAUUGAUGGGAAUGAACUGGGUGGCAAUGCACUGCCCAAAAGCCGGCUACGUCAUGAAGACUGACAGCGACAUGUUCGUCAACACAGAGUACCUCAUUUACAAGUUGCUCAGACCAGAACUGCAGCCUAAGAAGAACUACUUCACAGGCAAUAACAUGAGAGGCUUUGCACCCAACCGAAACAAAAACAGCAAGUGGUACAUGCCCCCUGAGCUGUACCCAGGUGAGAAGUAUCCCACCUUCUGCUCUGGGACUGGUUACGUCUUCUCUGGAGACUUGGCGAGGAAGAUCUAUGGCGUAUCGCUGAGAGUCAGCCGCCUGCAUCUGGAGGAUGUGUAUGUGGGAAUAUGCCUGGCCGAGUUACGAAUCGAACCCACUCCUCCGCCCAAUGAGUUCCUAUUCAACCACUGGCGGGUGUCUUAUUCCAGCUGCAAAUACAGCCAUCUCAUAACAUCGCAUGGGUUUCAUCCCAACGAGCUACUUAAAUAUUGGCAUCACCUGCAGAGCAACAAACACAAUGCCUGCAUCAACCCAAUGAGAGGAGGCAGGGCACACUCAGGCAGAGUGUACAAAGAGAGACCAGCACAGUAACUGACAGAUAUCAAUGAACUCCACUUGUCACAAGCUCUUUGUUAGAUGCAAAUAAUGUUUUAAUCUCAGACCGUUCUAUUCUUAACAUCAAGGGAUUAAUCCAAACUUUAUCCACAUACUCACUAAAAUACAAAUUCUACAUCAAUGUUGUGUGCAAACUCUACAGCUAUUGCCAAUUUUGUAUAAAAGAGAUUAAAAUGUUUCUAUGUCUGGGACAAACCACUGGAGAUUUUAUGUACAGUUAUAUUUUACAACAGAGUGAGCUGUGUUUCUCUGUGGUGCAAAGGCUACUUUUUUGUAAUGAUGUGAGAUCUACUGUCUGUGUUUUAUAUAUGCUGCCUUACAAGUACGGGCCACUCUAAAACUAGAGUGGACAGGGUACAGUGCCAAUAAAUGUUUCCACGUGUGUAGCAAAAAGUCAAUCAAGUCAUUUCAAAAGACACAAAAACAAGUCAGAUACUACAGAUUGUUGCAUAUCGACUUGGGAAUUCUUGUGUGUCUGUACAUAUAAAAGUGCAUUUAAAGUCAAAGCACGAAGUUCCCCUUGUUACUUGAGUGAUGUACUGUCUCAUGAUAAAAAGAGUUACAAUGGUAAAUGAUGACGCACCUCUAGAGACGCUUAUCUUAAAAAUGAUAAGAGAAAAAACUUUCCAUUCGGUGGUUUAUGCUGAUCCUCUUCAAGAUACCAAAACAGAAUGAGCAAUAUUUUUUUUUCAUAGACUGAAUACUCUAUUCCUGACAUUUUUAAAAUGUGGUCACUUGUAUUGACUUUAUUUAGAGGGUAACUUGGGUAAAAUUUAACCUUGACCAUAUUUUCCUCUGAAUUGGUGUCUAAGUGACUAAUGGAAACAACGAUUUGCGAAAACUGCAGAGCAAGCGCUGCAACCAGCAGCUGUGAAACAGGCUGCAAUGUAAUGUGAAUUGGCAAUUGAACGCUGUCAAUUUAAGUCCGCUUAAAGUGUUUUUGCCACUGACAGGCUCAGAUUGUUAUUCUAAGUGUCUGCAAACAUUAUGGAUUGGAUCCCCACAGAGAUAGACGUUUUUGCCACAGCCACAUAAUUGCUCUCACCAAACAUACCAGACUCCAUUUAAAUAAACAGUUAUUCUAUCAGUGUGAACACACUUCAUUAAAAGUCAAGAAAAAUAAAAUAAAACAUUCAGAAGCCACAUCUUGGUUUAUCUUUCAACUGUUCCAACAAUCAGCAAUUCUGGUUUGGUUCAAAUAAACCUUAAUUCACCCAGUUAGAUGUGAAAAUAUGAUGGCACUAUUCACAUUAGAAUUACCGUUUCUUUAAACAGAGUCUGGUGGGUUUGACCAUAGCGAUCUCAAGGCUGAUUCUGGUUGAAUAAAGUGGAUCAUACUCUUUAUAAAUAGGCCUAUCUCGGUAGGGAUCCUUUCCAAAAUGUUGAUAAAAUUACUGUUUACUGAAAUGGAGUCUGGUGAGUUUGAUGAUCGCCAUUUCAGGGCUGUUUCCGGUUAACCAAAAAGGAAUCUACUCUUUGAAGGGGUUUCACUCACUCACUUUUGUCUAAAUGAGUGAUAGGAUGUUCAAUAUGUGACAUUCCUCCAAUACGAAGCUUGGGCUGACCUGCCUGCAGCUCAUGAGCGCGCUCUUUAUUUAAUAAUAGGGCACUCAACCCCCGUCAAACAACUUCAAAAUACGUCCACUAAAAGUGCUUUUUUUUUUUUAAACACAGAUAGGCUCGGAUUGUUAGUAUAAUUAUCCAACAACAUAACGGAAAGGAUCAAUGAACGUCUGUCUUUACCUUUAGCUGGAAUCGGACAUGUUUGUUGCGGCAAGCCAAAACACUUCCAAACACACCAAAGAAGAAGAAGAAUCUCGCGAGACAUGAGAUUGCCAAGCCAGACUUUCACUCUCUGAGUGAGUGUUUUGACUUGCCUCAACAAACAUUCUGAAUUUUUACCCGAUUUUGACCAACUGGAUCUGGAUGAGCCAUUUGUAUUUAAUGAUCGCCCGUAUUUAUUUGAACACGGAGUACACGGAUGCAGAAAUCCUCUCUCUCUGAGGAGGGAGAGGGAGCAGCAACAGGUAGAGGAACAUGUCUGAAUCCAGCUAAAGGUAAACACAGACGGUCAUUUCUCCUUCUCCUUAUGUUGUCGGAUAAUUAUACUAACAAUCCGAGCCUAUCUGUGUGAAAAAAAUGCACUUUAAGUGGACGUAUUUUGACAUUGUUUGACACUGUCCCAGUGCCCUAUUUUUUAAUAUAGCGCGCACUCACGGGCUGCAGGCAGGUCUGCCCUAGCUUCGUACUGGAGAAAUGUCAAAUAUUGAGCAUCCUAUCACUCAUUUAGACAAAAGUAGAUCAGAAAAUAGGGCCCAGGUUGAAAAAAACAUUAGUUCCCCUUUAACAAAAAGAUCUGUAUCUUUAAGCGCUUUCCAUAAUGCAUUCAGACACUUGAAAUCUUCAUUUGAAAUCUUCACUUCAACAAUCUGAGCAUAAAAACAAACACUUUUAGUAAGAUAUAGUACAUCGAAGGUGCAUAAUUGCCCCGAGCGGUUACAUUGCAGCCUGUUUCACUGCUGCCUCCACACUAGAUCAACUUUAAAAACUUCUCAUGUAGGCAAAAUUUAAAAAAAAAAAAAAAAAAACAUAGGCAAAAAGCGCCCUGGUAGAAAAGUACAGACGUUAACCUUUAACUACUUGAGAGAGAGAGAGAGAGAGAGAGAGAGAGAGAGUAAGUGGGUGUCAACUGACUGAUGCUGUGAGUCAUUAUAUGGCAAUAAUCACCUUAAAUAUAUACCACACAAUUUUGUUUUUACUGCUGUAAACACACAGAAGUCAUCAUCACUGAGGUCACAUCGAGGCUUUGGUUGGCAGCUGCUCUAACAGACACCAACAAAUAUAAAUGGGUAUUUCCUCCAUGUGUGCAAAAUGAAACUCACAUGCAGAGAAGCUCUGGCUUACAACACUAACAGCAAACGGCUUUUGGAGUUUUGUUCUUACCGUCACUGACUUCAGGGUCAUGCCGUGGUAGGUGCCCAUGGUGUCGAUCUUGAAACCCUCCGUUUCUAAGAAAGCAAGUGUAUAAAAUAUAAUGAUUUUAAAUAUGUAACAAGUUUGCAUCUUUCAAUUCUUACACUCGUUCAGGGCAUAUUGUCAUUUAAUUUUAUUUAUAAAGCUCAAUACCACAAAUCACAAUUUGCCCCAAAGGGCUUGACAGCUUACAACAUGCCUCUGUGCUUGGACCCUCACAUUUGAUAAGGAUAAACUUCCCCCAAAAAAAACUUCAUCAGGGAACCUUCAAUCUUAUCUCUACUAUUUUUCCUUAUUACCAUGUCAUCCCUACUGUCUGUAUUUGCUUAAAAGUAGAGACCCUGUUACAAACACAAGUGCACAGAGGAUUAUUACUGCUGUACUCAGAGCUGAAGCUGUGAUAUGACUGCAUAUGUUACAAGAAGGGGUAAAAAGGUGAGAGUGUACGCAAGGGAAGGAAGCAAAAAGCAAAAACACCACACACUAUCAAAGAUGUGAGAGUACGCCAGUAUGAAAGCAGCUGCGUGGCUGCGUUUCACAAUGGGUGGAAUUUACACGAGGCUGCCCUGCCGGCUUAGUUGACACAAAGAUAGUGGUAUCAGUGCACAUUUUUACAGGUCAUGAGUGACAGAUGUAGAUUAUUGACAGGCAUGUGCAACUGAAUACAAUCAACUAUUAGUAUGUUUCUACAACAUCGAUGUGGGUGUAGAGCAGCUUGAGGAACUGAAUCAGGAACUCAAAGUUUCUUUGUGCCUUUUUUAUUUUCACAUGCAUAUUUGCAUUUUUGCCAAAGAACCAUGACGAUGAGGCAAAUUAGACUAACAAUAGAUUAAAAGACUGACAAGUAUGACAUGCAAUCUACACAACAAAACAAAAAACUGUUGUUUGUUUUCCUGUAAUUCACUGUGACUCAUGCUGUGAUGAACAGGGGUGGGGGAAAUAAUCAUUUCUUAGAUGCACUGCAAUGUGGACGAGGGCGAUUCAGCAUCGAUUCUCAAAUGUCAAUAAUCAGUUAUCUUAAUGUUUGUUAUUAACGAGAUGUUGACGGAACGAAAUAGGCUGAACUUAACCAAAGGCAGCAGUUGCAAGCAUGUUUUAAUUUCAUAUCUAAAUAAUUAUAUUCACAUAGUGAAUGUGAAGUAUAUUGUGAAUAGUUUCUACACCAGCACCCAGAGACGAAAGUUAACAGAAUGCCAGUAGCUACUAACAGGAUACUGAUUGGUACAAAGCACUGUGGUUCAGACAUGAAUGCAUUAAACGGGAUUUGUACCUAUGGUGUAGGCUAUGCGUCGACGUAGAGCCUAUGCCAUAUCCUUCGCCGUAGCCUGACAUGCACCUUCCCAAAAAAGGUAACUACAUUUCGCAGCGAUGCAGACCUCCUGUCUAUUUUUGUAAGCUGAAACCAUUUCCCCUCAGUGGAAACAAAGCUUUUAUUUACUCUUAUUACACAUAUAAAAAAACAAUACAUUGUGAAGACAAUAAAGCCU